AUGGUUGAGGAUAAGGAUGGUUGGGGCAAAUCACGCGAUCCCCUAUUUCAACUUUCAUUGAAGCCAACACCUCGAUCCCAGAGCCAGUCAGUACUCUACGCGCAUAAGCAACGGCAAGAGACCAGGCUCUCAAUCACUGGUGCAGAACCAAGGUUGCAAUCUGGACUCGACAUGGAUCCGUUGUCGUCUUUCUUGCGCAGCUCCCCAUCUCUUGAAGAUGUUGACUCAAAAUCGAUUGAAAUCAGCCGCGAAGUGGCCCGUAUGCAGGACGAAAUCCGUCUCCUUGCAGAAUAUAAGAACACGCGGUUGAUUGGUGUAUCCAAGAUCCCCGCUGAACUCUUGUUGAUUACAUUCGAGUUCCUCGUACUGGACCCCAUUUCACCUGCGCGGAAAGGCAUCUGGAAGCCGUACACCGACAUACUUUCCGCCACGCAGACGUGCCACUCGUGGCGUCAGACCGCGCUUGAUUCACCCCGAAUUUGGAGUUUCAUAUACGGCUCGGCUCCCUUGCCUCUUGUCAGACUGUUUUUGGAGCGCGCCAAGUCUGCACCACUGUACUUUUGGACGCCAUACGGUCGGCUGAGGGGAGUGAAUGUUCUGACGGUGCUCGAACAUCUCGGCCAUGUCAAAGAAAUCGCCCUGGAAGUCCCCUGCCAGGCCGAGUGGCUGCAGCGUAUCACCUCCACGCCAGCUCCGCAGCUCAACACUCUUUCGCUGAAAAACAACCAGUUCCAUUCUGAGUCCUCGGCUUCGUUCGAACUACCCCCGAACAUGGCAUCGACUGGACCAUUCCCCUCUCUACGACGUUUGUCGUUGGAUGGAUAUAUCUGGAAGGCUGAUGCGUCAUGUCUCCGCUCUCUUCACUCCCUGCACCUACAAUUUCCUCGUAUCCCUGGCCUUCAAUCUGAACUUCCCGAAGCUGUAGCGUUCUUUGCCUCGUUGGACAACCUUCCCCUUUUAACAUCCCUCUCCUUAAGUGGCGCCUUGUCCCCACCCAAGUCAACCCCGUUGCUUUCGAUAAGUCUUCCCCACUUGACCAAGCUAGCCGUCAUAGACCACGAUCUCUCCAUUCCCGGCAUGGCGGCGUACAUUGACAUGCCUCGUAUCGAAGAGAUGGAGCUCUUUUCUGGGGGUUCAACAGAUUCCUAUACCGCUGCCCCAAUCUUGUCCGCCAUCUAUUCUAAGCUCCUUACCCCCGCCGAAUUAUCUUCUGAGCUUACGCUCGAAAUUGGCGGCUCUCCUACCGCGCGGAUCGCAUUACGGAAGAAGGAUGCGCUCGAACUUCCGCCAUAUCUCGCGCUGACUGUCUCCGGUACAGAAGACUUAGAGACAGAACUUGCUGUCGUAACACUUCUACCACAUGCUUUGAGACCUUCCCUUCUCAUUUUCGCCUCAGAGGUUGAAGAGCACGAUAAUGAUCCUUGGAUUAUCCCUCAGCGAAAUCUUUUACGAAGACUAGUUGACGUGACAGAGGUCCGCGUUGAUUUCCUGAUCGACCUCUUGCUCAUCCUGCGCGACACCCCUCCGCAACCCGGACCUAUGUCACUUCCAUCCAUAAAAAAGGUGGUUGUCCGCCUCAGUCCUAAGGACCUGGCGCCCAUGUUCAAGGCGCUGCUGAAAGCCCGAAAGGCAGUGAACGCCGCGAUCGAGACCUGCGUUCUGCAUGAUUGCAAUUUGUCACCUAGCAGUAUCGACGAGUUGAAAGGUCUUAUUCCUCGUUUAGAAGUGCAUCGCACUCACGCCGAGGGUACAUAG